AAGAAACGCUGGUUUAUCCUGCGGAGUGGCCGGAUGAGCGGUGACCCUGAUGUUCUGGAAUAUUACAAGAAUGAUCACUCCAAGAAGCCCCUACGGAUCAUCAACCUGAACUUCUGUGAGCAAGUGGAUGCAGGCCUGACCUUCAAUAAGAAGGAACUGCAGGAUAGUUUUGUGUUUGACAUCAAGACCAGUGAGCGCACCUUUUACCUGGUGGCUGAGACAGAGGAGGACAUGAAUAAGUGGGUCCAGAGCAUCUGCCAGAUCUGUGGCUUCAAUCAGGCUGAGGAGACUACAGACUCCCUGAGAAACAUUUCCUCAGCCAGUCACGGCCCCCGCUCUUCUCCAGCUGAGCUCAGUGGCUCCAAUCCACAUCUUCGAGAACGAAAAGCCUCAGCCCCAUCGCACUCCAGCCAACCAACUCUGUUCACAUUUGAACCCCCUGUGUCAAACCACAUGCAGCCCACCUUGUCCACCAGUGCGCCUCAGGAGUAUCUCUACUUGCACCAAUGCAUAAGCCGGAGAGCAGAAAAUGCAAGGAGUGCCAGCUUCUCUCAGGGCACCAGGGCCUCAUUUCUCAUGAGGAGUGACACAGCUGUACAAAAACUUGCCCAGGGCAAUGGACAUUGUGUCAAUGGGGUCAGUGGUCAAGUCCAUGGCUUCUAUAGCCUUCCCAAGCCAAGCCGGCACAAUACAGAAUUCAGAGACAGUACCUACGACCUCCCCCGGAGCUUGGCCUCCCAUGGCCACACCAAGGGCAGCCUUACAGGCUCUGAGACAGAUAAUGAGGAUGUGUAUACCUUCAAGACGCCCAGCAACACCCUGUGCCGGGAGUUUGGGGACCUCAUGGUAGACAAUAUGGACGUUCCAGCCACCCCACUGUCAGCAUACCAGAUCCCUAGGACAUUCACGCUGGACAAGAACCACAAUGCCAUGGCAGUGGCCACUCCUGGGGACUCAGCCAUAGCUCCCCCACCCCGGCCCCCUAAGCCAAGUCAGGCAGAAACACCUCGAUGGGGCAGCCCUCAGCAGAGACCUCCAAUCAGUGAAAAUAGAUCAGUCUCUAUUGCUGCCACCAUCCCCAGGCGCAAUACCCUUCCUGCAAUGGACAACAGCCGACUUCACCGAGCUUCUUCCUGUGAGACCUACGAGUACCCCCAGCGUGGGGGGGAGAGUGCAGGCCGGUCAGCUGAGUCCGUGAGUGAUGGAAGCAGUUCUUUCCUGCCAGGGAAAACAGUUGUGAGCCGAUCGGAUAGCACCAAUUCUGAAGACAACUAUGUGCCCAUGAAUCCAGGUUCCUCCAGCCUGCUGGCUAUGGAACGAGCAGGUGAUAAUUCCCAAAGUGUCUACAUCCCCAUGAGCCCAGGGCCCCAUCACUUUGACUCGCUUGGCUACCCAUCCACAGCCCUUCCUGUGCACCGAGGCCCCAGCCGAGGAAGUGAGAUCCAGCCACCCCCUGUUAACCGCAACCUCAAACCUGACCGGAAAGCAAAGCCAACACCACUUGACCUGAGAAACAACACCGUCAUCGAUGAGCUCCCCUUCAAAUCACCUAUCACCAAGUCUUGGUCUAGGGCCAACCACACCUUCAAUUCCAGCUCCUCCCAGUACUGCCGCCCCAUCUCCACGCAGAGCAUCACGAGCACGGACUCAGGAGACAGCGAAGAAAACUACGUCUCCAUGCAAAACCCGGUGUCUGCAUCUCCCAUUCCCAGUGGCACCAACAGUCCAGCACCUAAGAAGAGCACUGGCAGCGUCGAUUAUCUGGCCCUGGACUUCCAGCCAAGCUCCCCAAGUCCCCACCGCAAGCCAUCCACAUCAUCUGUCACUUCCGACGAGAAGGUAGACUAUGUUCAGGUGGACAAGGAGAAGACCCAGGCCCUGCAGAACACCAUGCAGGAGUGGACAGACGUGCGGCAGUCCUCGGAGCCUUCCAAGGGCGCCAAGCUGUGACAAGAGGGCCUCCAGGCCCAGGGAGGGGCCAGGUCUCCAGAGCUGGCUCCCCAUCCCUCCUCUUCCUUGCCCCCCUCCCACCUCCUCUCCCCUCUGCCACUAUUGGCCUUCAAAGCACUUGACAUCAGGGACCCUGAACCCUUCCCCUGAUCGAGGCACUUCCUCUGCCCACUCGGGGCCCACCUGCGAUUUUUAUCAGUAAUGGCCAUUCCUCAAUCACCCUAGUUAGGAGCUAUUGCCAAAAAGCAUCCUUCAGCCUCUUCCUGUCCUGUAGACCUGACUGUCUACCAGAUGGUUGGAGGGAGGGUUUGGGGCUCUGAGCCAGACUCUACACCUCACAUUUGGUCCUAGCCCUCAGCCCUCUUCCCUCUGGCCACUGGGCUACCUCUCUUUCAGUCCCAGAAUAAGACAAGUCGUCUUGCUGACCCAGAGAGCCAAGGACCAGCAGACCAAAGUGGACAUGGACUUUUUCAUCCCUGUUUUUCUUGGCAGUCAAGAAGCAAUGCCACCAAAAGAUGAAACAGUCGAGAAGGAAGAUCAGAGGUGGUCUUGAGGGGCAAAGGAAACGGAUUCCCAGUGUAGAAGUGCAAUCAGCACCUGCAAGGGUCCCCUACUUUCAGGCCAAGGCCAUGGCAGGGCAGCUACUGUGGAGUAGGAGAGGCAGAAGGACGAGGACAAGAAGAAGGGAAAGCUGAUGAUGAUGGGCACUCAGAACAAGAAGGAACAGUGCUUGGAGCUCAGGAGAUUAGGGUGACAAGGACACUUGGGGUCAGGGUCCCAGAACUCUGGAGCUACAGGAUCAUUCUGCCACUCUCUGAUGAGGUCACUCGGGGACAGAGGAUAGUCCUCUUCCCCAACACCAUCGGAGGGGCCCACACCAUGCUGGAGAAGCUUGGAUGUGCCGUGGGAGUGCCAGCACAGGGGGUGGGGAUGGGAGGGAGGGAGCAUGGUGUGGGUGGAGGUGAUACAGGGACUGACAGAGACCCUGGGACAGUAACAGGCUGGGCAGAGGCCACAGUGGGGAUGGUGCAGCAAGUGAGUUUCUGUGAGGUGGGCAUGUAGCAGCGGAGGGCACAGAGGUAACCUAGUGCAGUGCCCACAGCCGUGCAGGGGACACAGGAUGGAGCAGAACAUGAAGGGUGGGAGAAGCCAUGUGCCUGGCAUGUGACAGGAGGCCAUCCCCAGGAUGAAAGGAGGGCAGGUAACGCAGAAUCAGGGAGAAAGUGGAGCAGAGUCAAGCCUCGAGGGUGACAUAGGGGUGUGGCUGGCAGCUUGUUUCAGGGCCCAGGGCAGGAACAAGACCGGUCCACGGUCUUUUCUCAGCUUAUCUCACCCUCUGCUGCUCUCUAGCAUUCCAGGUGCCAUGUUGGACUCAAACUUGGCUGCAGGGACCUCAGAUCAGCAGGGUAGGAGGUAGGGCAUUGCCCAAGGCUCUUUCUCCUAAGCCUAGGGAGGGGGUAUCUGAAUUGUUUAUGUUGAAGGUUCUUGACCAAAUUUUCAAGAGUCUCAGAGGUCCCAGGGCAGAUCAAAUAUUUCAUCCUACCCUGGAGCGAAAAGACCUUCUUCCACCAAAAAAAAAAAAAAAAAAAGGACUUCCCACCAUGUUUGAUGCGGGUGGCUGCGACUCCCUUUCAGCUCCUGUGAGCAUGCACACCUCACCAGACCAACGGUCUGGCCAUUCCCUACAAACUCCCAUCCUGGGAGGAGUUGUUUCCUCAACAGAAGCUCCUCUCCUCCUAGCAUCAGUUCAAAUCAACUCAAGGAGCAUCUAUUAAUGGCUGCUGUGGCCAAGCCCUGGACUUGAGCACUGAGAACACAGGAAUUAAUCAGAACUUGUCCCUGAACUAGAGAAGGUCACAUUAGGUGAGGAAAAGGACAAGGACACAAGACAGUGGUGACGGUCACAAGGGAGGAUAAAAUGCUGAUGGGGUGCAGAGGAAGUAAAGACAACUUCUCAGGGAGGCUGGCGCCAUAGGCAGGAGGUGGAGAUCAGGGAAGGUGUUUCCUAGGAAGAGGUGCCUGAGGUAGGCCUCAGAGGAGGACAGGUCAGAUUACAGGGAAGGAGGACAGGAUGUGGGUCCAGUGGAAGGAGGAGGGAGAUAUUUAGAAAGCCUCGUGCUAUGGAACAAAAGACUUUUGGGGGUGUCCAGCCACUCAGAAGUGCUGGGGCCAUGCCUCAGUGUUCCCACAGGUGUAGUAGUAGUGGUGGCUGUGGCUGCACCCGUUUGCAGGGUGCUGGUUCACUAUGCCCAGCCCUGUUUCUCUUUAAAGCCCUCUACAAGGGGUCUCUAUGGCAGGCAGAUGGACCUUUAGCCACUGCCAACCGUCUGCCCCCAGCAGACUACAAGUGGGCCCAGGUGUUGAUGCUCUCCAUUUCCAGCAGCCUCCCCUGUUGACCCCAGGGUGCCAUAAACCUGUUAGCAUGUUCUGAAUGUCCCAGGAUGUGAAAGAAACUGGAUGGAGUCUUCAGAGACUGAGGUGUUCAACUCUAAUCCCAAGGAGACUUCCUUACAACUCUUGGUUCCCGUGACUACCACAACCCUCAGGUGGAAGUGGGGGUAAAGAGGGAAGGAAGGACAAGAGAAAAGGAUAUCGGCCUGUUGAACGUAGAGCUCUCUGGUUCACAAACCCCAAACUACCAGCUGUGUCGAGCAUGUACCCACCUCUCCCCACAAAGGGUAAAGUGAACUCAAUUUAAAGAAUUGGUCCAUUGGCCUAUCCGUGGGACAGAGUCCACCUCUCCUAGUGGCCUGGCAAGGACAGAGAGCCCAAAAUGGGGAUGCUUUUCAGCCAGCUUAACUCACACAGGACUUGUCCUGCCUGGGGCUCUCCAAAGGAGCCUUCUUCACCCACGUCCAGCUCCACCCUCUGCAAGGUUAAAGAAAAGCUAAAUGAACAACGAGAAAAGAAAAUGGUGUCUCCAUAGGACCUUGGUUUGCUUGUCUGUGAAACGGGUGGUUGGAUGAGAUGGUCUCUGAGGUCCCUUCCAUGGCUGAGGCUCAUCUGCUUUAAGAGGGAACUCCCUGCCUUGUAAGUUCUCUCCAAGGCCUGGAUUGGCAUGGAGCAAAAGCACCCAGAGCAUAAGCCAAUUAACCCAGUCCUCUCCCCAGCUUGAUUUUGGAGAAUUGUACAUUUGAAAACAUUAAAAUAUGCCCUAUUCCUAGGACAGAAGCACAACCAUUCUGAAGUUAUUGGCACAUGGGCUCAACUCUCAUCUGUCCUUUGGCCCCUUUACCUGGGGCUAGUCUCAGCCUGAUCAACCCUACCCACACCCCUUUGCUAGAGCUCUGCAAGGGUGUAGGACCAGAGAGAAAUUAGCACUUCUUCCGUCCAGGCCUUCAUCUGUAAAAUGUGGGGAAGAGGCUAACUUCCUGGGCUCUAAAGCCCCUCUGAAGAGGGCCAUUUUUCUGGGGCUCACCAAGGUCUCUGUGGCCUGCCCACUGGAGAUUCAGGCUGUCCUGUGAUAGCUGGUGGUGUGUGUUCUUGUAUUCGUUGGCUACUUGUGUCUUGAAAUUUAGAAUUGUUUCUCACAGAGUUGUUGCUAUUUGUCAGGAAGAGAAAAUGGGCUAGAAGAAGCCCAAUCUUAAGUCAUUGUCUUGUUACCAUUUAAAAUUGACAUUUAAUUUUUCAAAUCAUUGUUGGUGCCUAAUCACUUAAGUUAUUAAUUUAUUUUGUUUUCUUUAAAAAAAAAAAAGUUUGUAACAUAUUUAUCCUGUGAGUAGGUCUGGGAGUGGGUGGGGGGAAACAGUGUUCAAGUGGGUCAUGUUUUUGCUGUGGUGACACAUGGUACAGGCCUGGAGCUUGCAGGUCCCUUUUUACUAUGGUGUUGCAGCAGGACGACAAUAAAGUCCAUUAGAAAUUCAACCAGA